GAAGCAAUCUGCCCCUGUGUGUGAGUCAGAGAGAGAGAGAGAGACUGGUGACAGUCAGGUAGCAAUCUGCUCCUGUGUGUGUAUGUUAGAGAGAAGGGGACGGGGAUUGGGCCAUUUUCCUUGCCAGAAGAAGCGCGCGAUUCGUGAACGUGCCCGUCGCAAAGCGCGUCCUCGACCGCCCAGAGCUCACCUCCUGCGUGGCCCCAUUCACAGAAUGUUGCAACAUUGCGGCUGUGGUUUGGGAUCCCGGUGAUGGCAACAUUGUGUCUGCAAACUCAUCAGGAGCCAGUGCUGGCGCAAGGAGCUGGCGUUCGCCUCACUUUGUAGCCGCUUCUGGAAACCAGGCCAGACUGGAUGUGGUCCUAUGUUCGGUGAAGAGACAUCAUAACAGGCGGGAGGCAGCACUGGACUGGACAGAGAUUAAUUAAACGCCAAUCUUCCCACAGACCCAGCAUGAGCAAACAGCUUUUCCAAAAUAAGAUGAUGUCAGGCCAACGCGUUGUUUCUGUACUCCUGCCAAACAAGGAGCAACUUGAAAUUCUCAUUGGGGUAAAAGCUACAGGUCAGGAUCUCUACAAUCAAGUCUGUGAUUUGCUGAAGAUCAGGGAGGGUCACUUCUUUGGUCUGAGCGUGGUGCAAAACAAUGAACAUGUUUUUAUGGACUUGGAACAGAAACUCACUAAAUAUUUCCCCAAGGAAUGGAAGAAAGAAAUGAGCAAAAACAAUGAAAAGUUUAGUGCUCCUUUCAUGGUUUGUUUCAGGGUGCAGUAUUACGUUGAAAAUGGAAAAGUAAUGAGUGACAAGAAAGCCAGACAUUUCUACUAUUGCCAACUGAAAGAGCAAGUUUUAAAUUCACGGUGCACAAGUAAAGAGGAAGUCUACUUUCUGCUGACAGCAUAUGCUCUGCAGGCUGAUCUGGGCAACUACAGAAAACGUGUGCACACUGGAAAAUAUUUUGAGCCUCAGCAUUAUUUCCCUCAAUGGGUAAUUAACAAAAGGGGCUGUGACUACAUUUUGAAGCACAUUCCAGAAAUGCACAGAGAGCACCGUGGCCUGACUCAUAAAGAGGGGUUGCUGAAGUUUAUUAAAGAGGCUUGCCUUUUGGAGGAUGUGCCUGUUCAUUAUUACAGGCUCCAGAAAGAUAAGAAAGAAGAGCAUCCCUCUGUCGUGCUUGGGCUCACUUUGAGAGGCAUACAUAUAUAUCAGGAAUCUCAUAGUGUUCGACAAUUGCUGUAUGACUUUCCGUGGUCAAAUGUCGGCAAGCUUACUUUCCUGGGUAAAAAGUUUGAGAUCCAGCCAGAUGGUUUACCCUCCGCCCGGAAGCUGAUCUAUUACACAGGCUGUGCAUUCCGAUCCAGGCACUUACUGCAGCUCCUUAGCAGCAGCCAUCGACUCUAUAUGAACAUUCAGCCUGUGCUCAAGCAAAUUCGAAAAAUUGAAGAAAUGGAAGAGAAAAAGCGCUACAGAGAAUCGUACAUCAGUGAUGCCUUUGAGAUGGAUCUUGAGCGACUAGAUGAGCAUUCUCAUGGCAGUGGAAGCAGUCAUGGAAGCGCAAGGAAAAAGCGGCUCUCCCGUCAGUCAACAAUUAGCCAUGGUAGUUCGCAUACCUCGGGAAUUGAGGCAGAUUCAAGGCACAGAAUGUCUGUGGAGAUGACAGUGGAUGAACCAUUCUCCACUGAACUUGUGCACAGUAUAGUUAAGCAUAAUAGCUCAAUGAUGAGCCGCAGGAGUUCUUACACAUCAGGAAUAGAGAGUAGCAGCAAAGAACGGACUGACGAUGAUGAAGUUGAAGUCGCUGUUGAUGAUCCUCUUGAGACAUCUCAAGAUAAUGAUAUAAUCAAAGGUGAAUCUGUUGAUUAUCCCAUUUUAAAGCCGGACUAUAGGCAAGAUAUUAGCAUUGGUACCGCUGUGAGUUUGUGUGACCCUUCAGUAAAACUUCGAGGACAAAGUGUAGACUCGCUUUCACAGGCUUCUCGAUCUAAACCUAGAAGCUCAACUGAUCGCCAUAGUCAGAGUUUGGAUGAUGUGCGAUUGUACCAACAGCAACUACCUUUAGGCUCUACGUUAUCUUCAGACAGCUCUCAGAGCUACACGUUUGGUUGCAUCAAUGAAGACAAAGAUAGCCAAUUUUGCUACACUUACUCCACAGCAGACUGUAAAACUAAGUCCACCUUUUAUGGCAAACGUUCAAUGAACUGUCUAUCUCUGGAUCUUCUUGGAGAAGAACAACUGCUGGAAUUUGUAGUAUAAUUAAUGGUAAUGUCAUUGUGAUAAAUUUGUUAACUCGCCAAGCCCUGGACUGACCUACUUUUGAGUAUUAAAUAAUAAUUUAAGGAAAUUGCAUUAUGUAAAAGAAUGUGAAGAUGUCCUGUAAUGGACCUUCACAGUCAGUAAGACUCAAAAAUAUUGAGCCCAACAGUAAUUUCUGUAAGUGAUUUAGUGGAAUAUUCUAUGCCUCACUCCUCCUUGCAAUCCUAACUGAAGACGUGUCACGUUAAGCUAACAGCAGUUGUCUGAGUAAUUCUCGGACUUACUGUUGUAAUUUUGCAAAGGGUUUUAUUUAAUACAUAGAAAACAAGUGGGAAAACUCUUAGUCAUUCCUAUUUCAGUACCAGAGAGUUUAUGUCAACACUGGCCUGCAGACCAAUUCUGUAUUUGUCCAGAUGAAAAAAGCGUUUGUCUUGUGAGGCAUUCAAUAUAAUGGGUUGGGUAUAAUUGAACACUGGAGUAAAUUGCAUUCAUUGUCACUUUUGUUCAGUGUUACUUGGACUUCCCAGCAACAGAUUUGAUGGGAGGUGCACCUAAAGGAGUCAUGCUUAGCCAACUUGAAAGUUAAUUUAUAAUAACCCACAACAACAAGGAACAGCAAUACAAAUGAUCUAACAAGAAUACACACUUCAGAAUUACUUUCUGAACACUACUAUGAUUAGAGGAAGGUGUUUCAACUGUACAAAUAAAUAUAAAUGAAUGAUUAUUUUGAUCAUUUAAAGAAAAGUGUGCCUUCAGUAGCAGCAGAAUGAUUAAUGCUGCAAUGAACCAAUUAAUAAUAAACUCCCAAUUUUUACCGUGCUAUCACUAGGAGACGUUAAGCAAUUGUAUGAUGCUUCCAAUAACAAAGAAAGAAAAAUUGGAAAUUGGUCCAGUCAUCAUUUACCAUUGUACACCUCCAAUCGCCAGAUAUAGAGUAAAACCAAGAGAGGGCCAAAAUCAAGAUUUUAUUUGUCCUCUUCACAUUUCUACCCAUAUUCUAUUUAAUCUGUUUUGUAUUGAUACAGUAAUAGAAAUGGCAGGAAGCUUGCAUUAAAUUGGACCAGGUGGUUUGAGGAUGUGUUAGAAUCAUUCACAUAAAAACAGAAUAGAAAAUUAUUUCUCAGUAAUACUGUGUGUAAAUGGAAUUCAAAAAUGCACUGAACAUGGUAACAAAAGAAUAAUGUUGUACUACAGUGAAAUGUAUCCUAUUAUGCUCAUGUGUGCCUUAUAUCAAUUUUGGAAUAUUAUGCAAUAGCAUUGUUUAUGUUACAGUACAAUCCACUGAAAUAAGAAUUGAAUAGAAAAUUAGCAAUUCCAGACUAUGACAUGAAAAUGUUGUAUAUUUGCAGAAAAUGGAAUUCUACUUCCAAAAGAACAAGUACCUUCAGGAAAUGGGAAGAAGAUAGAAUAAAUUCUGUAUCUGUUUUCUUUCUCAUUCUAUUCACAAGUUUUUCUGGUUGUCACACUUUGAUAAUUUUUGCUCCACAAAAUUAUCAAAGUUAGAACACGGAAGGUGACCCUUUCUGCCCACUGCAUCUGUUUUUCAAACUGAACUUACUCCAAGUCAGUUUAUUUCUCCUUUUUUGCAUAUUUCUUUUUAUGAUUUAAGUAUUUAUUCAGCUUUGAUCAAAAUGAUGGCAUAAGCUCUGUUGUCAAGUCACUUUCAGCAAAAGAUUCCAUUUUCUAAUCACUCUUUUGUAAGAAAUCUGCCUUCUAUCUUCUAGUGAUCUUGUAUUUUUGCCCUCUUGUUACUUGUUCACUUUUUACAAAAAACAAAAAUCAUCUUUUACCACAUCAAAACUUUCCAAAUUUUAUAAAUCCUCUCAGACCUCAAUCUUUGUUGCUAUUGUGAAAAAGCCCAUUUGUUGAACCUUCCUUAAAAUCAAUGCCUAAUUAUCUGUAGUCAUGUCCUCGUUAAUGUUCACUAUUUCUUUGGCUUCAAUAUUUUUUCUAAUUUGGUGCCUACAACUAAUCAGAGUACAGAUUGUGGCCUGGCAGACUUAAUUAACAUUAUCAAAAAAAGGUCGUUUGACCAUUCUGUUAAUGGGACUUUACUAGGUGGAAAUAGACUUCUGUGAUGGCUGUAUAGCAGGUAGAACUGUUAAAAAGUAAUCUCAUCAGUGGUGAAACACCUUUGGAAUAUCUUGGAAUAUGUCACAGUGCUAUGUAAGUGCAAGGCAUCACCUAACCAAAUCUUUUAAAAUCUCAACAUCACUUCCUUGCUUUGCAGUCAAUACAUCUGUGACACAAAGCUACAUUUGACAUUUUAUUAUCCUUUCCCAUUGUUUCCAUCUUUCAAGUUGAACUACAGGACAGCUUGUAAAGAAUUUAAUCUUUAGGCUAUAUUUUGUGUUUUGUCCCCCAAAUUAUUUCUUCUGCAUUCUCUGUUUUGAGUAACUUAUGCCUAUUCUCUAACUUCACAAACCUAUCAGUGCCUGCUUGUGAUUUUCCAAAAUUUACUAUUUCCCAAGAUAUUACCAACAAGCUUCAACUUUAUUUUUCUAGUGAUCUCUGAGGCAGAACCAUAAUCCAGUAGCCAAUCUAGAGAAAUAUCCAUUUAUCAUUAUUUCGUAUUCUGUUACAAGGCUUUCUACAAAUGUGAUGACAAUCCACUUAAUUUCAUGUGCUGUAGUUUUCCUAACAAAUAUCCUCUGGAGGCCUUGUCAAUUAUUUUUAGAAAUUAAAUUUUGCAAACACCUCAUCUCCUUUUACCCUUUUGUAUGUCUAGAUUUUUUCAAACUCCAAUUAAGCAGGCAAGAACCAACCUUUGUAAAUCAAUCAAUUGAACACUGUUCUAUUUCCUGUCUGGAUCUGCUACUGUCUAUCUGUUGUUUUAAUUUCUAAUAUUAUUAAUGUGGAGGUGGGGCUGAUCUUUGUCUAUAUCAUAACAGGAGGAGAUAGGCUAACCCAACUGCUUUGCUGUACAUAAUGUGACCUGCAGGACUGAUCAAUUUUCAGAUGUGAAUGAUUGUGACAAUAUAGCGUGUCUGAACAUAGAACAUGCUCCAAGAGUACUGCAGAAAUAACAAGUAAAACAGCUAAAGCAAAGCUGUGGCUAAAAUUUACAAAGCACAAAUGAAUCUUUUCUAUAUGCUAUAUUAUUGUUCUGCUACCUAUAAACAAGGCCAGAUUUCCAAAGGAAAUGCUUCCCUCCAAAUCUUGUAAGUUAAUCUCACAUCACAGUUUGGUGUUGUGGUUUCAGAUUCUGCAUUCCAUUUUCUUAACAAGACUGCAGCCAUAAUUUAAUGAAACUACAUCAAUAAUAGAACAUUUGAAGGAUUCAGAACUUUAAAAGGUUGGAUAAUAAUUUUUAUUUUUUUCAGCAGGUCAUUUUAAAAAAAUUAAAACUCUACCAGCUCUUACAUGAACCUUUUUUCCUUUCUCUUCUUGUUGUUUCCCUCCUUCAAUGUCCCUCUGUCAGUAUUUAACUGAGGAAUUUAUUACUUAUGUUGUUGCAUACCGAAUUAUUUAUAUUGUCUUCAAGCAUGUAACAUAAGUUUUUCACAAAAUAUAAGAUUAACAUUGUUUAUUUUAUAUCAAUCUUUUACUUAUUCAAAAGCAGUGAAGGAUGUAUGUUCUUUUCUAAGGGUUGUUUUAAAAUGCCGAAGAACAAUCAUUUUAUAUUAUAUGAAACAUUACAGUAUUAUGAUUGACCACUGUGAAGAUUAAUUAUACAAAUGUAUCUUGUUUAUUUACAUCUUAAAUAAUUAGGUAAUGUUUUAUGUAGACUUGUGCCACUUUAGAAAUGUUUACUAGGGGAAUUAUAUGAUGGUUAUAUAAUAUAAUUGAACUCCUGUUAUUUGUGUACUUGUUUAGUUUUAAAUGUCAGCGUCAUAUUUUAUGUUCAUUGUCAUCCUUUCUAUGAAAGAAGUUCUACUAUGCACAUAAAGUACAAGUUAUAAAGUUCAAAUUUUUUCUGCUUCUUUACAUAUUUCUUUAUAUUCCUAUCCCAUCCUACCCCUGAAACUGCACCUUUGUGCUAUAUCCCAAAACCUUCACGAUAACUCUUA